AGAGCAUAGAUGUGGUCUCUGGCUCUGCCUUCUCAUUGCUUGCCAAUUUGGCUACCAGACCCUGCUGUCAGUGGAUAAACGAAUCUUCUGAGCUACAGGUCUGGCCUCUGACCGACGUGGAACACAUGGGAUCUGGUUUUUUUCCCCCGAGGGUCGGGGACCCUUGGAUAUGACCCCAACUCCUUCUACUUCUAUAUCGGUUCCUCAUUUGGCAGGCUACAUCUUCUGGCCAUACUUUAAGCACCAUGGGCAGUGUGGGAAGUCUUCUAUCUGGGCAUGGGUUCAAUAGCAAACAGAGCCGAGGAUCGCAGCAUCGUGGGAGGAAACCUCCACACUUGAAAAAAUUGAGUCGCUGCUCAGAUGGGAUUCUCAGAUUCGGCUUCUCACAGGAGUCUGGGCAUGCCAAGGGUGGGGGAUCCAAAAUGGGCAGGAGUGAAGACUUUUUUUACAUAAAAGUCAGUCAAAAGCAACAUGUGGGUUCCAGACAGGAAUACCAUGGUGGAGUGACCAAUACAGAACCAGAAAGCCAAUCAAACAAAGAGUAUCCAAUCCCAACCAGCAAGCCAUGUAACCCACCUAGCAUGAUCCAUUUCCCCAACCGACUGGAAUUGGAGAUGAAUGCCCUCCGCCCAACUCCACUGAAACCUGGAAUGCGCAGAAAUUCCGCUGUCACAUGUUAUCCAGCUGAAGAGAGGGGACCUCAGCUUUCCCAUUACUACCGUCCAGACAGAGUACGUGAAGCAGAAAGUCGUGGAGGGCAUUGUAUUGGAGGCAUGUCUGAAUCUGGUAGAAACUCCAUGUCCAGCCUUCCCACUCAUCCUAGUAAACUGGGCACGGCAUGCCAGUUGGAUGCCCUACUGAUGCCAACUGGAAGAUUUGGGGGCAGUGCCCACAACAUCACCCAGAGUUCCAGAAGCAAUAUGCUGAGUCUCAGAGCCAUGUCUCUUUCAGAUGGUGGAAAUGCAAACAAGAUUCUUAGUGUACCACCUAAGCCAGGGCUCAGAUCUCCACCAUCCUGUGACGAUAUCGCACGAGCUGAGCCUGGUGAAAGCAAUGAGGAAGGACACAGAGGCAUACCUAGGUCUAGACAGAGUUCGCAGAGAGGCCAAAGAGGGCAGCAUGUACUACAGAUCCAGGUGGCACAAGAGAGAGAAGCCAAGGAGAAUAAGAUGCGUGUAUACGAAAAGGAGAAGAAAAUCACCAUCAGUCCAUCAAUGGAUGAAACACAAUGGGAGGUAUGUCAAAAAUCUGGAGAAAUUGCUUCUCUUCGUCAACAGUUACGGGAAACUCAGGAGGAGUCUUCUCUCCGAGCCAGUGAGAUCCUCAGUUUAAAGGCUCAGCUCCGGGAAACCAAGGGAAGAGCUGAAGCCCAGGAACAGCGGGCACGGGAAGCUGAAGAAAGGCUGCGGGCUGCAGAGGAGGAGCGGGAAGAAAGGGAUGAGACAGCCUCUAGUGAAGCUGAGAUGGAAACCCUAAGAACAGAGCUGGAGGCUGAAAGACAGAACAAUGAGCAGAUGACAGACGUGUUCCAGCGGGAGCGCAAGACAUGGCGAGAUGAGAAGGAAAAAGUAAUCCGCUACCAGCGUCAGCUACAGCAGAAUUACUUGCAUAUGUGCCAGCGAUGCCAGGCUUUAGAGCAAAGGCUGCGUGCUCUGACUGGGGGUGAAGAUCUGGAUGAUGGGCCAAUCCUCACUAUGCCUGAUAUGGAGCUCUCCUUCCAGGACAUAUUAGCCACAGAGAUAUGACAAGAGAGGGAGUAUGAGAGCGUAUGUAAGAAUGAGAGAAUAUUUGAACUCAAAGGCAGAGUGCCUGUGAAGUGAAUGUAAUUGUAUGACUGCUACCGAAAUCGAGAAUUAGAGUGAAGACAGAGCAUACAUAGUGUGUAUCCUGUGCGUUUGUGCUUACAGUCUGCACUCUGUGCACAAAUAGAGCACAUUGUAUCUUGGCAUGUGAGUAAACGCACAGUGUGUUUCAUGUGCAUACAGAGCCUUUAUUAUCACACCCCUUGUGCUACACUUUGUUUCCUGGUCAUUUCGUGCAAAUUGCCACAAGAACACAAUCAGUCCUUGUUUUGUGGAGUUUGUGCCGCACGCAGUAUGUGUGUGUUCUGUGCACUUGUCAGUGUAAAAAGUCACACUGCAGGGCUCUACUAGAGUGAGUCCUAACACAUCGCUAUACAGCAGGUGUCUGGGAUCAGAAGGAUAAUAGGAAUAAUGCUCUUCAUGGCCGCAGCACAAAACUGAUUAGAGAGUUCAUGUCAACUGAAAUUUUCUCCCCAUAAAUCAUUUUAAAAUAACAACCCCAGCGGGUUAAUAUUUAAUAUUUAUGACCAAGCUGUAGAAAGCUAUAAUUACCACCUAAAGAUGUGACGAUUUUAUGAUCAUCUUUCCAAACUUCCAAUGACAAGGCUGCAGAGAGCAGGUGACACCAGCAGCCAAUCCGAAUCUGAGAUUUGCAAAUUAACACCAAGCUUCCCAACAUGAGCAAAGAGGAAAAGGUUUUUUUUUUUUUUGUUUUUUUUUAAUUCUGUGCUGAUUCUCUGUGAUCAGCAUGCGCAAGGUUAGCUAGCAAUCCUUCAGUUUGUAUGUAUUAAGAAAAAAAAGAGAAACAGAAUUAAAAGUUAUCAUUAUCAUACAAGAUGUAGGCAAUUUUUAUAGUACCAUAUGAUUGUGCAUAAGCAAUUUCUAAUGACAGUGUCACUUUACUAUUUGUGUGCUGUAGGGAAUGUUCAGUAAAAGAGAUAUUGAAAGUGACGGACUCAAGGAACUACCAAAAGGGUGUAAUGGAAUAAUGGGGUUAAUAUAAGAUGACUAUGUAUAUGCUAUAGCCAUAAAAGAUGCACAGUUGUAAUGCUAAGCCUUGUGGUUAGAGGAAGGUGAUGUCUCUCCAAUCCUAUUGUUAAUAUAUAGGGAAAGAUUAUAUGGUGGGUGGUCAGGGUGGGGAUGUAAUUAUUUUGUGUCUGUGGCAGCCUGGCAGCUGCUAAAGGGGAUAAAAUAAUCUGAGAUUUGAUGUUUAUAUUCAUUUAAAUA